AUGAGUGAUGAUAGAAAUUAGGCAAUUACUCCAAAUACAAAUUUCGUGGUUUUGAAUACUUCUGAUCAAGGAAUUAGUGAAAAUAUUAUAUUGAAAACAUAGAAAUCAAGAUCAAAAAUAUUAAAGACUAUUUACUCUAGAGUAAUAUUUAUGAAUUAGACUAGAGGAUUUGGUAAGAAAGAAAACUGUUGGUUGUAGAAUAUAUACAAAUGAGAUAGUUGAAACAGUUCAAUCAGAGCUUAGUAUGAUAUCAAUAAAUUAGAAAAAAAUUGCAGAAUCUGUAUUUAGGAUGAAGAAUCUUCACAAUUCAUUUCGCCAUGUAAAUGCAAAGGUUCCGCUUAAUUUGUACAUGAAGAAUGCUUAAAAAUGUGGACUUUAGAAUAAUUCGGUGUAAACAAGAUAUACAAUAAAAAUGUAACUCAAUAUAUAUUUUAGUUAAUUUGUGAAAUUUGCAAACAUAAAUUAGAUUACAGAGUAAACUUUGUUGAUCGAUUUGAUAUCUGUUAAUUUAAGAAUAUCAAAUUGACAACUAAGUUCUGCUGGAUAAUUUAAGUAGUGUUUAUAGCACUAUGUAUUUAUGCCUCAAUUUCAAUUGUUUCAAAAUUCGGAAUCGAUUCAUUAUCUACAAUAUCAAUAGUAGUAGUGAUAUGCUUGAUACUCCUUGUGAUAGCAGUCAAUCUCAGUUUCAGUGUCAUCCAAGCUCAUAAAGUGGAGAUGAUUGAGAAUUGGCAAUUUCAGAACUAUAAACCCUCAAAUAAAGCGUUACAUAGCAAACGGCAAGUCCCUAGCAAAUUUUAGAGAAUGAAUCAGAUACAUUGUCUUUGA